CGAUACACUAGUAGAAAUUGACAAAUCAUACGAAAAUUCUAAAGCUAGGCACAAAAUUUCAUAAACGACAAAAAAGUCACAAAACCCCAUCCAGAAGUAACGGAAAAUGGAACGUUCUGAGCAAAAACGAUGUCGUUCUACCGUUGUCGAAACCAUCGAAGCACCACUACCACUAGUGUGGUCAAUUUUACGUCGUUUCGACAAACCCCAAGCGUACAAACGUUUCGUCAAGAGUUGCACCAUUCGCUUCGACGGUGACGGUGACGGAGGAGAAGGCUCCGUUAGGGAGGUGGAGUUGAUCUCUGGAGUUCCGGGGGAUUUCAGCACGGAGAGGCUCGACGAGAUAGACGACGAGUCUCACGUGAUGGUAGUUAGUAUCAUUGGUGGUAACCAUAGGCUAGAAAAUUUCACGUCGAAGACAAUGGUGGUUGCGUCGCCGGAUGAUGAGGCGGACAAGACGGUGGUGGUGGAGAGUUACAUAGUGGAUGUGCCGGAAGGAAAUAGCGAAGAAGAUACUAUAUGGUUUGUUGAUACAAUUAUUAGGUAUAACCUCGUAUCACUUGCUAAGCUUACCAAGAAGAUAAUGGCACAAUCUACUUCUGUUUAG